AUGGGUGUUGUCCCUGGAUUUAAUUCAUUGGAGAACCCGACCUCGCAAUCAGGAGACAAUCCCGUUACUACAUAUGCUACUACAAUUUCUGCCAACAUAAAUUCCAUUCUGGUGCUUAACGACUCCAACUUUAAGAAUUGGAAGGAGAACGUCAUGAAUGUUCUAGGCUAUAUGGAUCUGGAUCUUGCGCUACGGACAGAAUGGUCUCCCGCCCUUACAGAUACAAGUACCUCUGAAAUGAAGAGGGACUUAGAGAGGUGGGAGCAUUCUAAUCGUACGAGCCUAAUGAUCAUGAAACACUUUGUUCCAGAAGCAUUCAGGGGCGCAAUGUUCGAUGAGGAUAAUGCUAAGGUAUUCCUUGAGGAACUAUAG